CCAAAAAAUUUGAAGUCUUUGGAAUCAAUGGAUCAAGCAACAUUUGUUCAGCAGUUCAAUCUUCAGAUGUUUGAAGCAACAUUUGGAAACUCACCCAAAGAGGCUUCAUGCUUGAACUCAAGUGGUGAAAAUGGGCGACAAAACAAAGGAAAUUGUAGGAAGAACAAGGCAAAAAGGAAGAGCAGCAAUAAAGGUUGGAGGAAACCUGUAAUCAUUAAAGGACAAUGGAAUUCUGAUGAAGACAGGUUGUUGGUGCAGUUGGUGACGCAGCAUGGGGAUACCAAAUGGUCUAAAAUUGCUGAAAAGCUUCCUGGAAGGAUUGCAAAACAAUGCAGAGAUAGAUGGCAAAACCAUUUGAGGCCAGAUAUCACGAAAGAUGCAUGGUCUGAGGAGGAAGACAAGUUAUUGAUAGCAAUUCACAAAGAAGUUGGAAAUAAAUGGUCAGAAAUAGCAAGAAGAUUGCCUGGAAGAAGUGAAAACACCAUUAAGAAUCAUUGGAACGCAACAAAAAGAAGACAGUUAUCUUCUAGAAGACGUGGCAAGCCUAAAUACCAAUCUCUUUUGCAAGAAUACAUAAGAAGUGUCCCUUCAUCUUCUUCUUCUUCUUCUUCUUCAUCUGAUGAUCAAAUCAACAACAUCAAAAAACAAAAUAACAACACAAAUGUUGAUGCCCAAAUCGCCCCUAUGCAGAUGGGCUUUUCAUCUGAUGUGCAUGCCAUGCCAUCGUUUUCAUUAGAGGACUUUAAUUUAGGUGCUAUGCAAGGUUAUGUGCCGGGUUGGUCAAUGGUCAACGAGAGUAGCUUUGACUUUGACCAGGUGUCCUCUCAUUUGACUAGUCAUUUGGAAUUUGAUUUGAAGAAGGAGAUGGAUUUUUUGGAGAUGCUAUAUCAAUAG